AUGUACAAGUACUGUGCUAAAUUGCCCACCACCACUCCUGUUAAGCGGGCAUUGCCUAAUGCACCCAACGGAUACACCCCUGAAGGCGAGACCUGCCCUUCGAAUCGGCCAUCUAUCCGAAAUGCCACUAUCCUAUCGAGCGCCGAGACGUCCUGGCUGAAAGUGCGAAGAAACAAUACCAGAGACGCUCUGAAAGCGCUUCUCAGCCGAGUCAACUUCGGUUCUUUCAAUGGAUCUGACUAUAUUGAUAACCAUUCGGGUAACACGUCCGCCUUGCCCAAUAUUGGAAUUGCAGUGUCUGGCGGUGGCUACCGAGCCUUGAUGAAUGGCGGAGGUGCACUGCAGGCAUUUGAUAAUCGGACCACGAACUCGACUCUCAAAGGUCAAUUGGGAGGUAUCCUACAGUCGGCUACCUAUAUUUCGGGACUCAGUGGGGGGAGUUGGUUGGUUGGGUCGAUAUAUAUGAACAAUUUCUCGGAUGUAUCUUCUCUACGAGAUAAGGGUUCUGUGUGGCAGUUUCAGGAUUCUAUCUUCAGUGGUCCGACUCAAAGCACCACAUGGGAUAUCACCACGGGGAAGUAUUAUUCACAGUUGUUGGGUGCAGUGGAUGGGAAAUCGGAUGCCGGGUAUGAGGUGUCUAUUACGGAUUACUGGGGACGUUCUCUCUCUUACCAACUCAUAAACGCGCCUGAAGGUGGUGUUAGCUAUACCUGGUCAUCGAUUGCUCUGAGCAAGGAUUUCCAGGCUGGGACGAUGCCUAUGCCCUUGGUCAUCGCUGAUGGUCGAGCUCCGGGCGAGAUCCUAGUACCCGCGAACACUACGGUCUUCGAGUUUAACCCUUGGGAAUUUGGGAGCUGGGACGAAUCUCUGUCCGCCUUCGUUUCCCUAGAAUUCCUGGGAUCGAAUUUCUCAAAAGGGACCCUAGCGACAGGUGAAAAGUGCGUUCGAGGGUUCGAUAACGCUGGGUUCAUCAUGGGCACGUCGUCAUCCCUAUUCAACCAAGCAUUCCUGCACAUAAACGAUACCGACGCGCCUCCAGCCGUGAAGAACUCAAUCAGUGCAAUUCUGGGGAGAAUCGGGUCCGAGAACAAUGAUAUCGCCGUCUACAAACCCAACCCCUUCUAUCGCUAUGCGACCCAGUCCAAAUAUACAACCUCUCCCUCGUUAACGUUGGUCGACGGCGGAGAAGACCUCCAGAACAUCCCGCUAGAUCCCCUUCUUCAGCCCCAACGGCACGUUGACGUGAUUUUGGCUCUCGACUCGUCAGCAGACACGACUACAAGGUGGCCCAAUGGAACAUCCAUGGUAGCCACAUAUGAGCGAAACGUACGCUCUUCAGGCUCGAACGGUGGUCUCCCUUUCCCCUCUGUCCCUGAUCAAAACACAUUCGUCAACCUUGGGUUGAACAACCGCCCGACAUUCUUUGGCUGCAACAGUUCCAACGUCACCGGCGCCCUCUUUGAACGCAACGCUAUCAUUGAGAAUGGGUACGAUAUGGCAACGUUCGGAAAUGGGACUGUGGACUCUAUCUGGCCGUCUUGCCUUGCUUGCGCUAUAUUAAGUCGGAGCUUUGAACGAACAGAUACAACCGUGCCGGAGAUUUGCGCCAGUUGUUUCAGGGAGUACUGUUGGAAUGGGACUGUAAAUGCGACUACUCCUGGAGAUUAUUAUCCGACGUUGAAGCUUCACUAG